GUGCAGAAAUCACCUAAAUAGGUAAAAUAUACUAAAUCCCAAAUUGCAUUUUUCAGUAUAUCAGUUGGGAAAUCCAAGUUCUCAACCAUCCACGUUCUUAACCAAUCGAUGUUGGCAUCGAUGUUUCUUGUUCCAGCUCUAAAACUUUUUGCAAAAAAAUACGCACGUUCCUCCGUGUGAAAUCAAUACGAAAUCAACAAGAGCAAUCGAUUUUGAGCGGCCGUCCCAUUCUAAGGAGCAGCGCGCAUAAAUAGCCAGCGCGCCAAUUUCCCAGCUGCCAGUCACGAGCCAUUUUUUGUGGUGGAAAAUUUCGCAGAUAGAAAAAUUUGCGCGUCUGUCUGUCUGCAUCUCGCGUGCUUGCCUGUGUGUGUGUGUAAGUGUGUGUAGUGCGGCCUACAAAGUCAAUUAACAAGAGAGAAAAGACGCCCGUGCUGUUUCGCGCCCAAGGAAAAGCCAAAAUCAGCUAACAACCAGCCAAAAUGUCCAGCCUGCGACCCGAGGAGCCCCACUCGCAGCCCCGAAAACUGGCCACCGCCGCCGCCGUUUGCCCGCUGAGCAAUUGCCAAUUUAGCGGCGUGGUGAUCAGCGCAAUUGCCGACGAGCAGAAGCUGGAGUUUGCCAACAAAUACAAGGGCAGUUGCACGCUGCUCUGCAGCUACGAUUCCCAGGGAGUGGUGCUCCGCGUGGUGGAUGAUGAGGACCACAGCCACGUGCUCAAGGAGUACAUGAUAGCCGCCGACACGGAUGCCGCCCAGAUGGGCAGACGCAGCUAUGCCGUCUCUCUGGACGCGGACAACCUCGUGCUGCGGUUCGCCAGCGACCAGGACCAGCAGCUCUUCCGGAAGGUGGUGGAGAACGUCAAGCACCUGAGGCCCAAGUCAGUGUUCUCGCAGCGCACCGAGGAGUCGUCCGCCUCGCAGUACUUCCAGUUCUACGGCUACCUCAGCCAGCAGCAGAACAUGAUGCAGGACUAUGUGCGGACGAGCACCUACCAGCGGGCCAUACUGGGCAACGCGGUGGAUUUCCAGGACAAGAUCGUCCUGGAUGUGGGCGCCGGAUCUGGCAUACUGUCCUUCUUCGCCGUGCAGGCGGGGGCGGCCAAGGUGUACGCCAUUGAGGCCUCCAACAUGGCCCAGUACGCCCAGCAGCUGGUCGAAUCGAACAAUGUGCAGCACAAGAUCUCUGUGAUACCGGGCAAGAUCGAGGAGAUCGAGCUGCCCGAGAAGGUGGACGUGAUCAUAUCGGAGCCCAUGGGCUAUAUGCUGUACAACGAGCGCAUGCUGGAGACGUAUCUGCAUGCCAGGAAGUGGCUGAAGCCGCACGGCAAGAUGUACCCCACGCACGGCGACCUGCACAUCGCCCCGUUCUCCGACGAGUCGCUCUACUCGGAACAGUACAACAAGGCCAACUUCUGGUACCAGUCGGCCUUCCACGGCGUCGACCUGACCACGCUGCACAAGGAGGGCAUGAAGGAGUACUUCCGCCAGCCCAUCGUGGACACCUUCGACAUCCGCAUCUGCAUGGCCAAGUCGGUGCGGCACGUGUGCGACUUUCUCAACGACAAGGAGGACGACCUGCAUUUGAUUGAUAUCCCCCUGGAGUUCCACAUCCUGCAGACCGGCAUCUGUCACGGGCUGGCCUUCUGGUUCGACGUGGAGUUCAGCGGGAGCAGCCAGAACGUGUGGCUCUCCACGUCGCCCACGGCACCGCUGACGCAUUGGUACCAGGUGCGCUGCCUGCUGCCCAUGCCCAUCUUCAUCAAGCAGGGCCAGACGCUGACCGGCCGAGUGCUGCUGGAGGCCAACCGGCGGCAGUCGUACGACGUGACCAUCGACUUGCACAUCGAGGGCACGCUGAUCUCGUCGAGCAACACCCUGGACCUGAAGAAUCCGUAUUUUCGGUACACGGGGGCGCCGGUCCAGGCGCCACCGGGGACUAGUACUCAGAGUCCAUCUGAACAGUACUGGACGCAAGUGGACACACAAGGAUCGCGCAAUUCUUCUAGCAUGCUAAAUGGGGGGCUUAGCGUGAACGGAUUGGGUGAUGGCAUGGACAUCACCCAUGGACUUAUGCAUCCGCACUAGGUCGGCGCAGGAUCGAAUAAUAAUAUAUCUUCUGGGAAUUCUCUUUGCUCCGAGUCCGCUCAACUAAUCGAUUGGUUCUAUUUGUGUCAGCUUUUGUUUUGUUACAACUUUAUGUUUAGGUUAUUUAUUGAACAGUGUAAAUUAUUUUGUCUAUUAUCGAAAAGUAGUUGCGUUUAUGUUCUGUACACCUUUUGCACCGGCAGUCCUAUCCUAAUUAACGACCUCCAAACUCUUUUAUCUAUUUUAAUUGAUCGGACGAAUCGGAGGAACCCAGCCACCCAGCAAGCAAGCAACAAACAAACAAUCAAUAAAUCAAGGCAGACUAAUGUAGUUGUUUAGAACACGCAGCAUAUUAAUAAGCCUAAGCUAAUUUUAGCCCAUAGUAAUUAGUGUUUUUAACCGUAUGUAAAAUGUAAUACCGAUAUGUAAUCCACGCAUGACUGCGCUUCAGGAAGUUUCUUAGUUAAUAUGCCGAUUGCCAAUUGCAGUUUUUGCCGAAAGCUUUGAACAAACCAACAAAUUCAGAUUGUACUGUAUCUAUUAUGUGUGUUAUUAUUAUAUUAUAUUGUGUGUACCUCCAGCUAGUUUCAAUUUUUGUACUUGUCGGCCGUGUUUACGUUUAGUUCGUUUUGAAAUUGUAAGAAAUUGCUCAUAGGAUUUAGUGCUAAGUUACGAUACCAUUACUUUACUAAAGGCCGACUCGCGCCCCGAGAUUAUACAUAUAUCCGCAUACGAUUACGACUAAUUCAGUACUGUUCUGGAGGCACGCCUCUCGUUUGGCAAUAAGUUUCGCACCCAGAUUCGAGCCCAGAUCCUGUCAUAGAUCCUACUACAUCUCUGCCAGCAAGCCGAGCGCUAAAUAAGCAUAUACACCUAUAUAUACAUGUAGCGUACGCCAACCUAUCAAUCUAUCAACAGAUACCCAAACACACUCCACUCCCCGAAAUCCGACAUUCUUGCGUUCUUUGCGGACUGUACUUUAUAGAGCAGCAACCGCGCCACGCCACUCCACCAGCACACAGAACACUGCAACCCAUAAAUAUAAAGCAAAACAUAUACAAUUAUAUAUAUAUAUAUAAAUAUACGAAUAGAUAUACCGCAUAUAUGCAGAAGAGAGAACAACAAUGUCAAAGCGAAAGCAACAAAAAAGAAA